GUGGCAACUCAGACGCGGACCAUUGUGGCAAUGAGCCAGUGGCUAACAGUAUCGGAUUAGCUAAGGAACGAAGCUGCAUUUUUUUUUUUUAACGUAACUUUUUUUGUUAAAUAACUUAGGGAAGGGUUCUGAUGUCGAUGAUUCUGUUGGUAGGAUUUCCCUGACACCUUGCUUGAAAAACAGAAGGAACUGUGUAUCAAACUGAGUGUGUAAUCCUCUGGUCCACAUCAUGUCCAAAAGCAAGAGUUCGGAGUCAGUGAAAGUAGUGGUCCGUUGUCGCCCCAUGAAUGAGAAAGAACUGGCAGCCACAUAUGAGUGUGUGGUGUCUGUUGAUGUCAGAUUUGGUCAAAUUAUUGUCCGGAACCCCAGGGAAGCUUCUGCUGGUGAACUGCCCAAAGUUUUCACAUUUGAUUCAGUCUAUGAUUGCAAUUCAAAGCAACUAGAUUUAUAUGAUGAAACCUUUAGGCCCCUUGUGGAUUCCGUUCUCCAAGGAUUUAACGGAACCAUCUUUGCUUAUGGGCAAACAGGCACAGGGAAAACAUACACCAUGGAGGGUGUAAGAAAUGACCCAGAAAGGAGAGGAGUUAUCCCCAACUCAUUUGACCACAUCUUCACUCACAUUUCAAGAUCUCAGAAUCAGCAGUAUCUGGUGCGAGCAUCAUAUCUGGAGAUCUAUCAAGAGGAGAUCAGAGAUUUACUCUCCAAGGACCAAGCUCGACGUUUGGAGUUGAGAGAGAGGCCGGACACUGGCGUUUAUGUUAAGGACCUGUCAUCAUUUGUCACCAAGAGUGUGCGGGAAAUUGAAAAUGUCAUGAACGUGGGCAAUCAGAAUCGCUCAGUGGGCUCGACCAACAUGAACGAACACAGCUCCCGUUCUCACGCCAUCUUUGUCAUCACUGUAGAAUGCAGUGAACUGGGGCCGGAUGGGGAGAACCACAUCCGAGUUGGCAAACUCAAUCUGGUGGAUCUAGCCGGUAGUGAAAGGCAGACCAAGACCGGGGCUCAGGGGGAGCGGCUGAAAGAAGCUACAAAAAUCAACCUGUCACUUUCUGCUUUAGGGAAUGUCAUAUCGGCUCUGGUGGACGGGAGGAGCAGCCACAUCCCUUACAGAGAUUCUAAACUCACCCGACUUUUGCAGGACUCUCUUGGAGGCAACGCUCGCACUGUCAUGGUCGCCAACAUUGGCCCGGCAUCUUACAACGUGGAAGAGACUUUAACCACGCUACGCUACUCAAACAGGGCAAAGAACAUCAAGAAUAAGCCCCGUGUCAAUGAGGACCCCAAAGAUGCUUUGCUCAGAAAGUUUCAAGAGGAGAUUGCAAAACUGAAGGCGCAACUCGAGAGGCGUACAGGAAAGAAAAACAAGAGGAGGCAUAAGAGGAGGGGCGAUUGUAGCAGUGGCGACGGUCACGAAGAAGCCAGCGAAGAGGAUGACGAAGUGGACGACAACAAAAUUGAUUAUUGGCGGGAGCAGCAGGAGAAGCUGGAGAGGGAGAGGAAAGCCAUCAUGGAGGAUCACAGCCUGGUGGCUGAAGAGAAAGCUCAACUCCUGAAGGAGAAGCAGAAGAAAAUGGAAGACCUUAAGAAAGAGCAGGAAGCAGGAGACAUGUUGUCAGCCAAAGUUCGGGCCAUGGAAAGUAAACUUUUAGUUGGAGGGAAGAACAUUGUAGAUCAUACCAAUGAGCAGCAGAAGAUGCUGGAGCUGAAAAGACAGGAAAUUGCUGAACAAAAACGGAAAGAGCGAGAGAUGCAACAACAAAUGGAGUGUCGAGACGAGGAAACUCUGGAGCUGAAGGAGACGUACAGUUCUUUGCAACAGGAAGUCGACAUUAAAACCAAGAAACUGAAAAAGUUGUUUGCCAAACUGCAGGCAGUGAAGGCAGAAAUCCACGACAUCCAGGAAGCGCACAUCAAUGAGCGCCAGGAGCUGGAACAGACCCAGAAUGAGCUCACCAGAGACCUUAAACUCAAGCAUCUGAUCAUUGAGAAUUUCAUUCCAUUCGAAGAGAAGAACAAAAUAGUCAACAGGGCUUUCUUCGACGACGAGGAUGAAUACUGGAAGAUGAGGCCCAUCACACAUAUUGAGGAUGAACAUCAGAUGAUGGGCAGGCCGCAGUCCGCUAUUGGUUUCCGAAGGCCUCUCAGUAACCAUGCUCGGAUGGCCAUGAAGGAUAGCCCUGACGUGAGAUAUAAAGCUGAGAACAUCCUUCUGUUGGGCAUGGAAAUGCCAUCGCGGACCACCAAAGAUUAUCAGCGGCCAGUUAUCGCCCCAAAGGUAGCGGCGGCUCUGGAAGACGCGUUGAAGAAUGAGGCCGAUCUUCAGGUUGAUGCCUCUGGAUUUAAUAGCAGCUUUGCACCUCCCGCCAGUGCCAGUGGAAGUCUCAGGAAACCAAAAUCGGCUCGACCAAGAACAGGCAAGCAAUCAAACACUUGGACUUCUUCAUUCAAUGUUCACAAUCCACCCUCUCCAAUUUAUCCACAAUCCCGUGGGCUGGUGCCCAAGUGAAAGCUGCGCCCUGCUAUCAACCUCUGCUGUGCAGCUCAAAGGAGAAUGCUUUUUAUCCUGCCCAAGGCAACACUAUGGUGAAAUCUGCAAAAGACACAAGAAAGUAUAAACAUUAAUGCUGCUUUGUAGGGAAAAAAUGAAUUGUAACCACUAUUUGCUACUAUCAGAUGCUUUUUAAUCUUUGAGUAUAUUUAAAGAACGUUCAUCACAACACAAGGACUCGUGGCCACGGUGUGCAACAGUCUACUGAACAACUUUAAAGUUCUUAAGGUAAAGAAACCAAAUGGCAAUUUGUCCUAAGAGUUCAAAUAUCCCUUGCUCGGCACAUUCCACAGAAUAAUGAAUCGAGGUGAGGCCAGUUGUGUUCCACGCAGUUAGUCAUGCGCUAUGGGUGACGUCCAGCUGAAAGAGCCCACUUGGGUCAGCCAUCCUGGUUGGCACGAAGGUGGUCUCUAUGCAAGUGAUGAACGUCAAAGUGAAAGCAAAGAGGGGCGUACAAUAGAUAUUGCAACUGAAAGCUUCCCAGCUCAAUAUUGUUCCAAAUGACCAAUAUGUACUCCGUGAUGAAAAAUGCACUUUUUACAGUGGACACACUAAUUGGUCAGCAAGCUGUGAUGCGCGUCAACAUGGACUUUGUGUUCAAAUACUUUUUGUAGAAUUUUCCGACACAAAAUUGACACUUGUCUCACCCACUGACAAGUGCCAUUGUAAUGAGAUAAAUAUUCAAUUAACCUGUCUGAGGUUAUAACGCUGUUUGAAGCAUGUUCAUAAAAUUGUUUUUGCUAAAUAUAAAUACUAGCAUUCAUCAUGUUACAUAUUUUAAGGCUAAAACAAACACUAUUGAGCUAAGUUUGAGUUAUUAUUCUGUUUAUGCUUGACAGAAGCAAAACAUUGUGGAGACUGCUGUUCCCUGUUUGCUAAGUUAAGCAUUUCCCUCUUUCAUAUUCCUCCAGACAUUCCAACAGGUCAAGAGUCAGAGGUGAAACUGUAAUCGAUUGUCGUCUAGUUGAUGUAUAAAUGUGAAGAGGAUGUAAUCAUUUUUCCAGGUUAGCUUGCUGCAAGUCUUCACUUGUCACUUUACUAAUACUGUAUACAAAAGUUACCUGAUGACAUUGUUUUGUAUUGUUCACAAUGAGUCAAAAUGAGUCUUAAAAAUGAAUAGCGAACACAAUACUAAUCAAAUGUUUUUAUGAUACUCGUAUUGCGUAGAACUCUCACAAAUGUCAGAUUUAGUCAGCUUAUAAAAAAUGAGUAUCAAUCGAAAACUGGAAUGAGUUUUGUCAGCUUUUGACUUCUUUGCAAGGUUGUCACGAUACCUGAAUUUCAGUAGUUGGUACCAAUACCUGGUGAUUUUCCACGGUUCUCGAUACUGAUUCGGUACCACGGUAAAAAAACAACAGAAUCCACUUACUUUUCAAAUCCCUCAACCCUAACCAUGUGCCCAAAUGUAAUUUUGCAUAUUUGAGCCUUUGCGCACUUUGUGUUUGACAUUAAAUACGUUUGCUAACCGUAUCGCGUCAUAAUGACGGACAUUUUUAUUUGAGCUGUGUUUAAAGAAUUUAUUUCCAGAACAGUUGUUGCUGACCCCCAAUAAUGGAACUAUUUACUUUAGUCGAAUCCACUUUAUUACAGCAGUCAAUAAUACAGCUCAAUUUACAAAA